AUUCUUUUCUGAUCAUUAUUUGGGAUAGUCGUAGGUUUUCAGGGCUCUCUACAUCAGAAAAACCCUCUCAAUAUUCCUUCAGAAAUUAAGAUCCAUGGAUCAUUCUCAUCAGUGGUUCAAUCAGGCAGACAGAAUGAAUGGGUACAACAAUAACAACAAUGUAAGCAAUAGGGUUGAUUUGACCCUCAAGUUGGGAUUGCCUGAUUGUGAUCAUCAAAAUCCACUAGUCUACCAGACGGGGCAGUAUGUUAAUCCUACUUCCAUCGCCCCUAAUCAUCUUGCCAACCUUAGCUUUGCUGGUCCCAACACUCAGGGCAUGAAUGAAUUGGAAAUGGUUAAUCAAGGAGCAGUGGCUCAAGGUCAACAAAGCUUUAAUGCCAGCCAAUCUGCAUGGCCAUCUGAUCAACUUGCUAGCAAUGUCCAUAGCAUGAACCAUGAAAAUACUUUUAACCAAAUUUCUGGCCCUUCUAUGGGAUGUCCUUCUAAUAGCACCAACACCUACAGCAACUUUGCCCCUACUCAUCAUCAUCAGCUGCCUCCAAGCUCGGUGCCAACCAACAACUACACGCUGCUUGAUGUCCCCCCUAGGAGAACAGCAGAUCAACGUGAGCUCGGAAACUCCGCCGCCUCUGGUUUGGGCAAAAGGGGCCAACGACGUCAACGUGGUGGCAACUACAAUGACCCUAACAAACGAUGCAGUAACUACAACUGCAACACCAACGAUACUCCUAUGUGGCGCAAAGGUCCCCUAGGCCCCAAGACAUUGUGCAAUGCCUGUGGCAUUAAGUACAGAAAAGAAGAGGAGAAAAGAAAAGCAAAAGAAGCGGGAAGCAAGGGCCAACAGUCCAACCAUAAUGGAUGACCCAAGGAAAUUAAUAUCUCCAUUUUAGCAAUUAGUUUUAUGUUUCAUCUCUCAAAGACAAGUGAGGGGUGUUAGAGGUAUUUAAUUUUGCUCUUUUAUUUGUAAGAAAAUGUUUUCAUUUUUGCUUCAUUGAAUUGGUUGGAAAAGUAGUUUGAG